CAAAUUAUAUUCACAAACCCUUUGCUCUAAACCCUUCAGCCACCGCCACACACACACUAGUCUCUUCACAGAGGCGGCGACUGACCCUCACACACCCGGAAAACUAAAGCAUUUGGUUUGACCCAAAAAUAUAUAUAGAGUGAUACAAGAAUGGCAGCUAAGGCAAUGUAUCUACCCGUAACCCCGUUACUUUCAACCCCGGUUACUGAAAAGUCGAUGCGAGUUAGAUCGUUCACCGUUAAAUGCUCGACGGGUUCGGUUUCCACCGGGGGUUCUGUAGCUACUGCUCCAUGGAAGGUUGCGGAUGCUCGACUUGUGCUUGAAGAUGGAUCCAUUUGGAGGGCUAAAUCAUUUGGUGCUUCAGGGACUCAAGUUGGUGAAGUUGUAUUCAACACUUCGUUGACGGGGUAUCAAGAAAUUCUUACUGACCCAAGCUAUGCGGGGCAGUUUGUCUUGAUGACUUGCCCACAUAUAGGCAAUACCGGGAUUAAUAUCGAUGAUGAAGAAUCAAUCCAGUGUUUCCUGGCUGGUUUAGUAAUUAGAAGUUUAAGUAUUAGCACCUCAAACUAUAGAUGCACAGAAUCACUAUCUGACUAUUUGUCGAAAAGAAACAUCAUGGGAAUAUAUGAUGUUGACACUCGCGCAAUCACUCGUCGGUUACGAGAAGAUGGAAGCUUGAUUGGUGUAUUGAGCACAGAAAAAUCCAAAACCGAUGCAGAACUCUUGGAGAUGUCACGGACAUGGAAUAUUGUUGGUGUGGAUUUAAUUUCCAAUGUAUCCUGUAAGGAACCUUAUGAAUGGGUUGGAAAGACAGGUUUAGAAUGGGAUUUUAACUCUAACAGAAGAUUUGGAGAGACUUUCCAUGUUGUUGCGUAUGAUUUUGGUAUCAAGCACAAUAUAUUGAGGCGAUUGGCAUCUUAUGGCUGCAAAAUCACCGUUGUUCCUUCAACAUGGCCGGCUUCUGAAACUCUUAAAAUGAAUCCAGAUGGGGUUCUCUUCAGCAAUGGCCCAGGUGACCCGUCUGCAGUUCCUUACGCUGUUGAGACAGUCAAAGAGAUUAUUGGAAAGGUUCCCGUUUUUGGGAUUUGUAUGGGGCAUCAGUUGCUUGGUCAGGCCUUGGGUGGGAAAACAUAUAAAAUGAAAUUUGGUCAUCAUGGAGGGAAUCACCCUGUUCGUAACCUUCGAAAUGGCAGUGUUGAGAUUAGUGCACAGAAUCACAAUUAUGCUGUUGACCCGGAGUCACUCCCUAAUGGGGUGGAAGUAACACAUGUCAAUCUGAAUGAUGGAAGCUGUGCAGGUCUUGCUUUCCCUCAACAGAAGCUCAUGUCCCUUCAGUACCACCCCGAAGCCUCUCCGGGGCCUCAUGAUUCAGAUCUAGUAUUCCAACAAUUUAUGGAGUUAAUGAGAAAAGAAAAGGUACAUACAUGAUUAUCGAUGCAAAUCUCUAUAAUGAUUGUCAUGAGAGAAAUGCCUCUGCUGUAUGCGGUCCAAGCAGCUAGAAGUAUAUCCGACUAAUAUAUGAUGAAGAAAAUAUCGAAGAUUAAGAUGUUAUGUUUAUUGUAAGACCUGUAUGAAUAUUUGUUUUUUCAGUGAAUUAUUUGUAUUAGUAGAAUUUGGUUAAUAAGACUACUUUGUUACUAACUAAUAAUCAUAACGCUUACUUAAAUUCUUGAAUCUAUUUGGAAAUAUAACCAGUUGUGAGAUACUGUAUAUCGGUCAA